AUGGGCGACCAGAACUCAGAUGUUGGGACAGGCUCGCGGUUUGGCGAUGCGGUCAUCAUCCUAGCAGGCGUGGCAUCACUGAUUGGCAUUCUCCUCACUAUCCUAUCAGUCUGGCUGCAAACCAAAAACUACCGAAAGCCGCUUCUCCAGAGAUAUGUGGUGCGAAUACUGUUGAUGGUUCCCAUAUACUCGAUAGCAUCAUGGGGAAGCCUGGUUUCGUUAAAAGCCGCUUUCUGGAUCGACCCCUUUCGAGAUGUGUAUGAGGCCUUUACUAUUUACACCUUCUUCCAACUCCUCAUCAACUUCAUCGGCGGCGAACGUUCCCUGAUCAUCCUGAUGCAUGGCCGCGCACCCGUAUCCCAUCUGUGGCCACUGAACUAUUGCCUUCCAAAAGUCGAUAUAUCAGACCCGCAUACAUUUCUGGCUGUGAAGAGAGGCAUCCUUCAGUACACAUGGGUCAAACCUCUGUUAUCUGUUGCCACAAUUGUGAUGAGGGCCACUGGAACAUAUCAGGAAGGCUACAUCGGACUUACUUCCGGCUACCUCUGGAGCGGUAUCAUGUACAAUCUAAGCAUCACCAUCAGCUUGUACGCUCUUGCUAUGUUCUGGGUGUGCAUGUCGAAGGACCUGAAACCGUUCCGGCCAAUGCCCAAGUUUCUCUGCAUCAAAGGCAUCAUCUUCGCGUCCUACUGGCAAGGUUUCUUUCUGUCAAUCCUUGUCUGGCUCGGUGCGCUGCCAGAUGAUGUGCCCGGCUAUACCCCGGAUAACCUCGCAGCUGCCAUACAGGACGCACUGAUCUGCUUUGAGAUGCCUUUGUUUGCAAUAUCGCACUGGUAUGCGUUCUCCUGGCACGAUUACGCCGAUAUCACGAUCUCCGCUGCUAGGAUGCCGGUCAAGUACGCUCUCAGAGACGCAUUUGGCCCUAGAGAUCUCAUAGAGGACACAAAGGAGACGUUUGCUGGCGGGAAAUAUGAGUAUCGCUACUUCGACGCGGGUGACAACGUCUUGGCGCACGAAGAAUCUUCCUCACGCAGGGCGAGGAUGGACGAGGGCAUGAGAUACGAACGCAACGGGAAAGGCAAAUACUGGAUACCGAAACCAAACCACGACCACAAGACACCGCUCCUUAGCAAGAUGGCCUCGAGCCGAGCACGAACCUUGAGUCCGGGUUACCACAAUACGGGUGGUUCGGGAGACUACGGGGCAACGGAUGAAGAGGUAGAGGCCCCGCCUUUGGAUCCCGAAGAUGAACGGCUGUUCACCAACGCGAGAGCGCUCGAGUUCGGUGAUUGGAAUUAUCCGGUAAUCGAAGCACAUCAGGCAACAAGAGAAGCAAUAUACCAGGAUCCAAAUAUGAUCACUACUUCGACGAAUCGGAACUUGCUGCAGCCGACACGUGACAACAAGCGACGGCGCAAGAGCCGAAUUGAAAACAUACAAACGUCCGUCGACAAGGGCAAGCACCGGGAUAGUGAAAGUAGCGGCGAAGCUUCGUCCUCAAAGCAAUCACGUAUACCUAUCAUCGGCACCUUACUGCGGCAAAACACGUCAUCGUCGAGCAGCUCAGCCAAGUCGGACCGGAGUCAGCUAGUAGACCUGGUUGUCGAGGACCACGAGGCAGAGGAGAUUGAACGGGUUCGCGCGCGUAAAGAGGGCGGUGCAGCCUGGAAUGAGUCUGAGCCGAAGCACUACGUACGUACAUUCCCUGGCACGGAGCAAGUGGAGGAAGUGCGUGAAGGUUACGAGCCGGAACGGCGGCAACCACCUCCGCCGGGUCAAGAGCACAACCUGGAUGCACCCUUCUCUGUUGGCGAUGAUGAGGACGAAGAAACCGGGGAUAACCUGCAGGAUGCAGAUGCAGAAGCGGACCGGUGGGAGCGCAGAGAUGUCAGCACCGACAGUGGGAAGGAGCGUCAGGACGGCGGCUCCGAAGAGGAGCGUAACCCAUGGGCUUCGGAUGAUGCGGGUCGAAGCUGA